CCGGACUCGCACGCUAUCGUAGCGCCUAAAGAGAGGCACAGCCGUGGGGAAGCGACGACGAACAUGGACGGGUUGGCGGUGGAGGUGCGCGGCUCCAACGGGGCCUUCUACAAGGGUUUCAUCAAAGAUGUACACGAAGACUCCCUCACAAUAGUCUUUGAAAACAACUGGCAACCGGAGAGACAGCUGCCGUUCAGUGACGUGAGGUUGCCGCCCCCAACCGAUUACCACAAGGACAUUUGUGAGGGAGAUGAGGUGGAGGUUUACUCCAGAGCCAAUGAGCAGGAGCCCUGCGGCUGGUGGCUAGCGAGGGUGAGGAUGAUGAAGGGAGAGUUCUAUGUGAUCGAGUAUGCAGCCUGCGACGCCACAUACAAUGAAAUUGUCACAUCAGAGCGAAUCCGGCCUGUCAAUCCCAACAGCCCCUCGGCUCAAAACUCCUUCUACAAAGUCCCCAUCGCUGUACCAGAGGAUCUCAGAGACAUCUGUUUGACCGAAAAUAUCCACAAAGACUUCAGGAAAGCUAUCGGAGCAAAUUGCAUCUUCUAUAACACCUCUACACACCAACUAAUUGUCCUGUCUACAAAUGAGUCUACAGUGAAACGAGCUGGGCUACUGAGUGACAUGCACUUCCGGAGUAUUCGCACCAAACUCAUGCUGAUGUCCCGCAACGAGGAGGCCACCAAACACUUAGAGACAAGUAAACAGCUGGCGUCUGCGUAUCAGGAGGAAGUGAAGGUGCGCGAGGAUCUAAUGGGUCUGGCUAUUGGCUCGCAUGGCGCCAACAUCCAGCAGGCCCGCAAGGUUCCCGGUGUCACCGCCAUCGAGCUGGAAGAAGAGAGCUGCACAUUUCGCAUCUAUGGAGAGACCCCAGAGGCAGUCAAACAGGCCAGAACGUAUCUGGAGUUUAAAGAGGAUUCUUUCCCAGUGCCAAGGAAUCUAGUAGGAAAAGUUAUUGGCAAAAAUGGCAAAAUUAUCCAGGAAAUAGUCGACAAAUCGGGUGUGGUUCGGGUUCGGAUUGAAGGGGACAAUGAUAAAAAGCUGCCCAGGGAGGAGGGAGGCAGGCAGGGGGCUGGCAGAGACAACAUUGUCAGCAGCCAAGAGGGAACGGUUCCCUUUAUCUUUGUUGGAACUAAAGAGAACAUCAGCAAUGCCCAGGCCUUGCUUGAAUACCAUGUAGCCUACCUCCAGGAGGUGGAGCAGCUGCGUCUGGAGCGUCUGCAGAUCGAUGAGCAGCUUCGUCAGAUCGGCGUGGGAUAUCGAGCUCCCCCAAGUCGCUCUGGUUCAGGUGUUGCGGGUGAGCGGGAGCGAGGUUACCUCACAGACGAGAGCACCAACUCCCUGCAGACCACACGCACAUAUGGAGGAAGAGGACGCGGACGCAAACCGAACAAUACAUACUCCGGCUAUGGAACUAACUCUGAGAUGUCCAAUGCAUCAGAGACGGAGGAUUUGGGGGAUCGGGAGUCCAGGCCUAAAGGGGUUGGAGCAGAUGAUCGGGGUUCGAAGCGUGGAGGUCGAGGCCGUGGCUCCAGCGCUGGCAGGGGCCGUGGAGGACCAGGACUCAGAAACAUUAACACUAUCAGCUCAGUCCUCCGAGAUCCGGACAGUAACCCAUACUCUCUGCUGGAGGGUGAAGGUGAACAGGGCGGUGAUACAGAUGCUAGCGAGAGCAUGGGUGGUAUUGACCGCAGAAGACGCUCACGUCGCCGCCGUAAUGACCUGGAACCAAGCCUUAUGGAUGCAGCCGCUAAUGAAUCAGACGGUCAGGGUGCCACAAGCGAAAAUGGACUGGAAGAGGAGGGCAGGCCUCAGCGCCGCAAUCGAAGCCGCCGCCGCCGUAAUCGUGCCAACCGUCCUGAAGGAGGCUCCACCAGCCGUGACCGACAGCCAGUUACUGUUGCUGACUUCAUCUCUCGUGCCGAGUCCCAGAGCAGACAGAAUCUCCCGGGGAAGGAGGCCAACCCACACGUGUCCCAUCCUAAGGAAAACGGGACCAGCGUGAGUAAGGAAGAGCGCACUCCUUCAAAGCGCUCGCCCAGUAACGGCGUGGCGUCGCCCGGUGAGGCUCUGGCCAUGGUGAACGGCGUCUCCUAAAAAGUCAUCUCGCCCCCUCAAGACCCACGUCUAAAGCAAGACACCAUGGCGAACUCUGUCCCUGCUUGCAUUCACGUAAACCUUUAAACUGACGAAUGAAAAUCGACUAAAAUCCUUGAAUUCAUGAAGUCUACGAGAAAACAAAAAAAAAAAAGUAAAAAUACGACGAGCGCAUCUACUUUAAACCACACAUAACGGUGUAUGUUUAUCCUAUCUAUCAGUACUUAGUGCUUAUUUAAGACAAGCUUGCCAAAAAUGAGCUGAUGGAUAUGACUCAAAUUUCUGACGUAACACAGAAAACAGGACGUGACUAUUUUGGGGUUUUGUUUUAGAUUUUUUUAGUUUUCGUUGUUGCUGUUGUCGUUGCCGUCAUUAUUUGUUUUCGUUUGUUUGUUUGUACUCACUGGCGUGGGAUUGUGAACACACUCCCCAACAGAUAUAGCAUCUCUGAAAACAGUGUUAGCUAAAUGAGGGCGGAGCUAGCGGAGAGGAUUGAAGGCGGAGCCUCUCACAAGUGAUUGACAGCUGAGUCUGUGGUACUCUGAAUUUAAGGGCAAAAAGGGGAAGCGGAGAGACAUUGUGCCUUGAAUUUGAAAAAAAAAAACUUGAGUAUUUUCUUUUUACCUUAACGUUUGCGUUCUCGACUGGAUGAAGUAGAUGGUUCCGUUUUGUUUUUGGUGUUUUUAUUUUGUCUAAAGGAUGGAGAGGAUUGUGCGGAUUAAGAGGAGUGCGGAUUUUGGGGGAGAAGAGCGAUAAUUAAUGCCAAACAUGAAAUUAUGACAUUUGUCCAAGGUCGUUAUUUGAAAGCCGUUUAAUGUGUGUGUGUGUGUGUGUGUACGAGUGAGUGUCUGUUUGUUCAUGUGUUGUUGUGAGACAUGAAGUAAAAGUGUAUAAAUUGGGAAGGACGUCACAUGAUCCAGGAGACGACAGUAGAAUCCCAAAUGUGAUUCGAUCUCUCUGAUUGAGGUGGCACAAGUCUUUCCCAAUAGAACAAGACCGAGACGGAAACAAUCUAACAGACAGUGUUGAUCAUAUUCAGUAUUUCAACAGCCCACCAUACGGUUAUAAGGAGAAGGGAGGCAGGAUUAUUGUGAGUGUAAAAGCUGGCAUGCGUGUGCACACACACUCUCGGUAGCUUCCAGCCACCGCUGUCUGAAGGGCUGGAUGGGGUUGAGGCCUCACCGGCGCCCCCUCUGGUGUGGAUGGUUGGUCUUCGGUAAACAGUGAAACCCUUUUCUGAUGAAGAGUCAGGCAUUCGUUCACACACAUACAUGCAUACAUCCGAGAGCAUUGUAAUACACUCCAGUGUGCAGGAAUGGAGCUUGGGUCUCUGCUCAGGAGGUUCAAGCGUUGGUUGUAUUUCUGGUUGUCCCGAUGAAAAGGGGAGGAUUGUUCCCUUGCUGUUACUUGUCAUCUUGGUUCCUGCUCUCAAAGAUUGUUUUUUUUUCUUUUCUUUUUUGGUUGUACUUUCCACAUCAUGAAAAAACAAAAAAGAUUAAAAAGGAAGUGAAAUAAAUUAUUUCUGGAAUGA